AUGGUAUGCAGCGUCGUGACUCCGAGUAAAACUCUCUUCUCCACAUUUCCAUUCGGUUGGUAUCACGCAAACCAGUCUCUACUUCAAGGAGAGGAUGUGUUGCUGUAUCUAGUGUAUGCGGACGGAAAACCGAGUGUACAGGAUACAGAUACUGCCCGACAGACAAGAGUUAUGCUGGAUCGUCAGAUGGUGGGUGGGAUUCCGGUUGAAAAUGCCAACUUGAUGAACGACCGGAAUUCGGUACCAAUCCACACUUGA